GGUAUGUACUCUAUGAUCAAAUAACUGUCAGUCAAGCUGUCAUUUUUGCACACUUGCACUUGUAGUCUAAGAAUACUGAAAAAGCGUUUAUAUUUUGCAUUUUUUUCGAUUUAUAUUUUCUAAUUAAUCAUGAGCUUCGUUGCUAAAACCAGAACUUCUAUUCUGCCAGCCAUCUUAAGAGUAAGAAUGUACUCUGGAGAACCCGGAUCUGGUGCCGGCAAGGGUGGUGGUGGUGGUGGUGCCAUCCGUGAAGCUGGUGGCGCCUUCGGCAAGAUGGAGGCUGCUCGGGAGGAUGAAUACUUCUACAAGAAGCAAAAGGAGCAACUCGCGAACCUGAAAGGGCACUUGAACAAGGAGAUUGCGUUCCACCAGGAGCAGAUCAAGCGGCACGAGGAUGCCAUCCGCCGUCACAAGGAGCAGAUGGCCGAGGUUAAAGAAUAAACUAUAAGUGGUGAGGCGUCCACAGAAGGCUGCCUGCUCUUAAAGACAUGACUACUAACAACUCUUGGGAAAAUAGUUACUGGCUUACCUGUAUACAUGAUUGAUUUCAUUCUAUGUGUAAAACUGUAAAACACUGAUUUAUAAUUACUAUAUUAACUGCAAUGCAUACGAAAUAAAAUCAAUUGUGGUUUCUGUUAUGUGUUACCCUUUUGCAAUACUGUUGAAAUACCUUGGUGGAAUUUCUUUUAUGGCACAGAAGGAUAGCAUGAACAGAAAUGAAUAUGUAUGCGUUUAGCAUUUUAUACGUACUUUUUUUUAUGUUGUGUAUCAAUUUCAAAUUUUAAAAAUAAUAUUUGUAUGUUAGUUAUUAUAAAUCAGUGAUUACUAUAGAUCUAGGUGACAACAGAACUCAUGUCUUAGACCUUUGGACAUUAUAAUGUAAUGUUGCAAUAUGUAAAAGGUUAUACAAUUAUGUUUAAGGAUGUUACUUAUUUUUUUGCUUUUAUUUUGUUUAGUGGUAGUUUGUAUGGCGCAAUUACAUAAUUGUUAAUCUCC